CACUUUUUCCACAGCAGGAAUUAAAGAAAUUCAUUUAGCAAAAAAGAAUAUUAGAAUUUUCUACACAAUUAUUAAAUAUUAUUAAACAACAACUAACUCAAUUCAACAUGUUUACGGAUACUAAGAACUUGGCAAAUCUAACUGUCAACACCACAAAUGCAGCAGCCAAACAAAUCAACACCCACUCUCCGGACGAUGAGAAAUUCAAAUUGAAAAAGAUGUGGAAACCCAUAUUACGGUUAAUGUCGCGAAAAUCGGCUUUGGCCAAAAAUGGCAAACGUGACAAUAACAGCAGCACCAUACCAAACAAUGUAAAUCUCAACAAUGCCUCUCAAUACACCAGCACAAAUAAGGAUACUUUAGCAACAAUGGAAGACAGUAGUACUAGCAGCAGUGUGCUGACCCAAAAACUGCCUUUGGCGGAAUUUUGGCAAACCCAGCUACAACAAGAACAACAUCAACACCAAACCUCACAACAGCAACAGACUUCAACACAACCUCUGGAAUUUAUUAGCAAAGCCAGCAUAGACAAAACCCCCUUGGAUACCUGUACGAAUUGUGUUUAUGGUCGCAAUUGCCAACACACACAAUUCCAUCAAACACCAACAAUGGAUGAAAAUGUCAACCCCAACCUCAUUCACACCCCCCUCACCCAUCACCAACAAAAUUUCAAUUAUUUUGAUGCCGAAGAUGGCUGCUUCGUUUGGUCCGAUAACUCGGCUGAUAUAGAUGAGAAUGCUUUAAGAGAAUGGUUAUGGCAAAAUUCUUGGCAGUUUGCAGAAAAUGCAACCAUGUGUUGAAGAAAUACAACCAUCAUUCAUCAAACAAAAAACAACUCUGUGUUAAUACUCAACCACAAUUACAACCCUGCUGAUACAGAGUUGCUGCUUUUGGUGAUUUCUUUUUCUCUAAACAAAAAAAAUAUCAAUAAGGAUCUCAAAACUUAAUACAUAUUGCUCAAACUGUUAGUGAAUUAUUAUUUUUUUACAACCCCAUCCCAAAACCCGCCUUUAGUUUAGUUUUUAUUUUAAUUUAAUUAGUUUAUAUUUGUAUUUAAUUGUUUAUUUAAACUGUUGUUUUUUUGCAAUAAUAAUUUAAUUGUGAUAAUGUUA